AUGUUUGCUUCUCCUGGGUGCUACGUGCAGACGAGUCCUCUGUCUAUCGAUGUGAGUCCCUUGCGCCAUUACACUAGCCAUUCGUAGUGGCUUACUGACGCGUGCUGGGCGCCGCACCUUGGCUCUUGCAGGAAGAGUUGAAGAUGGUUCGCACGGUGGUCGACCUAGUCAAAACCAACAAGAGGAUCCGCGACGAUGCUGAAAAGGAGAUGCCUGUACGUCCUUGUCUAGGCGCUGCUCCGCCUGUGCUUGCUAUCGAAAGCUAAGAAGCCUUUACUGAUGCAACUUCGCUCAUCGUAGGACAAAGGAUCGGCCUUCUGGAAGCUGGUCGCGGUCAGUAAUGGUGGCGCUGUUUGCCUCACCCUUCAAUAUUGCUGACCUGCUUUGAUGUAUUGACGUCCGUAGGCUGACGAGGACAGCAAGCAAGGAGCUGAGGUCCUUCGCAAGUUUGGUCUCACGCAUGUUCGCGCUCUCGCAAAUGUCGCGUCGAGCAUGAUGGGAAUCCCGAGCCGCGUGCUCAGCAACUUCGAGGCUGCGACGCACAAAGCACAGGUGAGAUGAAGCAUGCAGAGCAAGCAUCGAUGUUUGCUGAGUUUGCUGCUGUUCAUUUCCUCGCCAGAGCUUCGAGCGUCACCUGAACACGAUGUCCGAGAUAGACAUCAUCACCCACUACGCCAAGCUGAGCGCCUUGAACAAUGCAACCCUCGACACCUGUGCCAGGAUUGGACAGAGGCUGGAUCUCGUGCACAAUCAGUUCUGGUCGCGCAUUUCGGCUGCCACGGAGAAGAAUCAGCUCUGGGCGAGCCUUUCGGCUGCCGCAGAGAAGCUCGUUGCAGUCCGCGAGGUCGACGCCGCUGAAGCCCGCUUUCGCGCCCUUGCUGCCGCAAAAGACACCUCGCGCGCCACCAUCAAGGAGGCCUGGCUCGCCCUUGAGAAAGCCGAGAGCACUCGCGACCUUCUUGUGCCUGUUUCGUCGUCGUCGUCGUCGUCAUCGAAACGCGAAGGUGAGUGGUGACGUAGUCUGACUGGAGGUCCGUGCAGUCUCUGACUCGACUUGUUUGACCAUCAGCUGAGGACGACGAGUCGGAGCGUCAUGCCAAGCGUCGCUCUACCGACGAGUCUGCUGAAAGUCAAGAGUGA